AUGGCGAGGACGUUGUGUGCGGUGCUUGUCAUUGCUCUUGCCCUGGCCGCGAUCCACGCUGCGGCUGCCAGGAACGUGCCGAGCGGUGGCACCGGGCUUGGCGACCAGAAGGACUUCGCGACCUACGGCGGCUUCGCCGGCACCGGCAGCGGGAUCCCGGUGUUUGGCGGCUUCGGAGGGGCCGGAGGGAUGGGCGGGCCAGGCGGCGGGGGCGGCUUCGGCGGUGGGGGCGGGAUGGGUGGCGGGGGCGGAGGUGGCUUUGGGGGCGGAGCCGGUGGAGGAUCCGGCGAUCUUCCUCUGCCUUGA